UUUGACUGUGCUCCAGCAGAUCCUAAUGCUCAUGGCUUCACUCAUCCCUUUCAUCCCUCCUUCCCUCCCGGUACACACUUCACAGCCCGGGAAUGGAAAGAGAUCAGCAGCGCUCCUUUUACAUUAGCAGUGAACAGAAUGCUUCACUAACAACACAGUGAAUGAUGAAGAGUACACUUCCCAGUGCACGUUUUGUAGCUAUUUUGUUUCUUUGGUGGAGGAUGCUCCUUCGAGCUCAUCGGUGGAUCCGUGUGCUAAGAAGAAAAUGAUUUUUGGACGGAAGUUUUGGGGAAAAUUAAAAAAAAAUAUUUCGAAAAGAAGAUUUACUGCAGCAUCUUCUUCUGAAAGCUCAUCGUCUUCAGGUACCGUUAAGGAGACGCCUAGUGGAUGUGUUAACAGUGUUGGGGAACAACCUGCAUUAUCAGGAUCUAAUGCAGGUCCAGUGGAUGAGGAUGAAGAGAGGAAGACAGCUGGAAACUGGCACGGCACAACAAGCCUCAGCUCCAAUGCAGUGGCCAACAAGGAGAGCUUUUUUUGUGACCAUUCUGUUUGUUCGGUGACGGACCAGCCAGCAGUUUUGGUGAAUGAGGAAGAAGAGCUUGAGACAAUUGGAUACUGGCACUGCCGAAAUUGCCUCACCUGCAACACAAUGUAUGAUGAGGAGGACUCUUUCACAUGCACUUUUUGUGACCAUUCUGUUGGUUUGGUGACGGACCAGCCAGCAGUUUCGGUGGAUGAGGAAGAAGAGCUUGAGACAAUUGGAUACUGGCACUGCCCAAAAUGCCUCACCUGCAACACAGUGUACGGUGAGGGGGACCCUUUCUCAUGCAUUUUGUGUGGCUGUCCUGGAAGCUCAUUGUCAUCUUCCAGUAGCUGUGGAUCUUCUGGAAGUUCAUCGCCGUCUCAGAAUGAGGAUUCUGAAGACAAGAUUUACUCUGAUCUGAUAGGAGCUAGUGAUGUGAAAUCUAUGCCUGGUAAACCCAGCAACAGUGAUAGAGAGUUACGUUCCUCUAGCUCCUUCUCAAAUCAGCAUGGUAGCACCAGUGGGAACACUGGUACAACAAAUGUUAUCCACAAUCGACACUGGGAGAGUGACUAUGAGGAUGAGGAAGAAGCCAGAAGCAGCAAACAGCCUGCAGAAACAUCAGAGGUUGGCUUUUCAGAUGUGGACUCUCCCUCACAUCAGCAUGUUAGCAGUAGCAGGAACAGUGGUCUGAUUGCAGAUCUGACAGAUGAAGAGCCACACUGUUUUAAGAUUGUGCUCAACAACCACAAACAACACUGGGAAAGUGACUAUGAGGAUGAGGAAGAAGCCAGAAGCAGCAAACAGCCUGCAGAAACAUCAGAGGUUGGCUUUUCAGAUGUGGACUCUCCCUCACAUCAGCAUGUUAGCAGUAGCAGGAACAGUGGUCUGAUUGCAGAUCUGACAGAUGAAGAGCCACACUGUUUUAAGAUUGUGCUCAACAACCACAAACAACACUGGGAAAGUGACUAUGAGGAUGAGGAAGAAGCCAGAAGCAGCAAACAGCCUGCAGAAACAUCAGAGGUUGGCUUUUCAGAUGUGGACUCUCCCUCACAUCAGCAUGUUAGCAGUAGCAGGAACAGUGGUCUGAUUGCAGAUCUGACAGAUGAAGAGCCACACUGUUUUAAGAUUGGGCUCAACAACCACAAACAACACUGGGAAAGUGACUAUGAGGAUGAGGAAGAAGCCAGAAGCAGCAAACAGCCAGCAGAAACAUCAAAGGUUGGCUCUUCAGAUGUGGACUCUCCUUCACAUCAGUGUGCUAGCACUAGCAGGAACAGUGGUCUGAUCGCAGAUCUGACAGAUGAAGAGCCACACUGUUUUAAGACUGUGCUCAACAACCAUAAGCGACACCGGGACAGUGAUGAUGAGGAUGAGGUAGGAGCCAGCAGCAGCAGCAGCGGCAAACAGGCUGCCAAAAAGCAACGGUUGACUCUUCAGAUUUGGCCUCUCCCUCAUAUCAGCAAGCCAGUGCUAGUGGAAACAGUGGGUUAACAAAUUUCAAGGCAGGUAAGUCUAACACUUUUAUCACUAACUACAAGCGACACCAGGACAGUGACCAUGAGGAUGAGGAGGAAGCCACCAGAAGCCAACAGCCUGCAAAAAACCUAAGGUUGGCUCUUCAGAUUUGGCCUCUCCCUCAUAGCAGCAAGCCAGCGCCUGUGGGAAGAGUGUGGUAACAGAUCUCAAGGCAGGUAGGUCUAACACUCCACUCACUAACCACAAGCAACACUGGGACAGUGAUCAUGAGGAUGAGGAUAGCGCUAGUGGUAAGAGUGUGGUAACAGAUCUCAAGGCAGGUAGGUCUAACACUCCACUCACUAACCACAAGCGACACUGGGACAGUGAUCAUGAGGAUGAGGAUAGCGCUAGUGGUAAGAGUGUGGUAACAGAUCUCAAGGCACGUGCGUCUAAAGUAGAAAAUCUGUCACUGCGUGAUGCAAGUUUCAUUGUCAGCAGAGUACACACGUACUGUACAUGCCGCCAGUUCCAGCAAUCGGUUAUCUGUGCAGAUUAAUUUGGAAAAACCAAUUGGUCGUCCUCCUUUGCAGGACACCACAAGGGCACGCACAGCAAUGCUGCACAGAUAGCCGAUCCCAAGCUACAAUCGAACCCGGACCCUAUAGUUGUCAAGCAGCAGCUAUGCCACUAGGAACAUACAAAUUAAAUACACGAUUAAGACGAUACUCUGAUUAAGAAACUAUCAUGUAAACAGCGAUUAUUGAUUACUUUAAUCCGGCUAAAGUCAUAUUCGAAGUAAACAAAAAUGGGACCACAGAAGUUUUGGGAUUCUGUUCUGUGGAGCGAUGAAAAAAACGGGAACUUUUCAGCACGAAAAGAAUGAAGAAAGAACACUCUGUCCACAGUCAAGCAUGGUGGUGGCUCGGUGAUGCUCUGGGGCUGCUUUGAAUCCUCUGGCACUGGAAACCUGCAGCAUGUGGAAGGCAAGAUGGAUUCAUUGAAGUAUCAGGAAAUCCUAGGAGAAUUCUGUGAAAUCUGGCAUUGAUUAUAAAAUACUAUUAUUAACUUAUAAAGCACUAACCGGUCUCGCGCCACAGUAUGUAAGCGACCUUUUGGUCUUCUAUGAUCCACCACACCUACUUAGAUCAAAAGAUACAGGCUAUUUACUGGUACCUCGAAUAGCGAAGGCCACAGCAGGGGGAAGAGCUUUCUCUUAUAGAGCCCCACAGUUAUGGAACAGUCUUCCAAUUAGUGUUCGGGACUCACACACAGUUUCAGUGUUUAAGUCUAGGUGUAAAAUGUAUUUGUUUACUCAAGCUUACCCUGACUAGACUUUCUGUUAGGCUAAGCACACAGUCCUAAUAAUCUUUUCUCUACCUCUCUCCUUCUGUCAGGCCAGACACGAUUUUAUGGAGAUACUAGAGAUCCUGAUCCUUUCUGCUCUCCGGACCUGCCUGAUCCGUUUCGGAUGUCCUGCCUCUGGAUGGAGCUCUCAUCUACUCCAAUUCCAGAUUGCUGGGACUACGGCUGCUUCUAAAGCCAAACAGACUUCAUAUAAAUCCAUAAUGAACUUUUUCACACUAUCUCUUGUUACCCAGAUGAGGAUGGGUUCCCUUCUGAGUCUGGUUCCUCUCAAGGUUUCUUCCUCUUAAAAUCUUAGGGAGUUUUUCCUUGCCACCGUCGCCACCGGCUUGCUCAAUUGGGAUAGAUUCGCACUUUUAAAAUCUGUAUAACAUGUUUAUAUAUUUCUGUAAAGCUGCUUUAAGACAAUGUCUAUUGUAAAAAGUUCUGUACAAAUAAAAAUUGAAUCGAAUUGAA